UGCACCCCAGUCUGGCUCCUGCCUGCUUCCUGCCAGCACGGGGACAGGGGGAAAUAUAAACAGCAGCAUCUGGGGCAAGGUCUGGAUGCUACAGCUGGACACGGCUGUGCCGGGGAGCAGAGGCAGCACUCCUGGCUGAAAGUGGAAGAUGGCAGAGCCUGAAGGCACAAUCAUAAACACUGAUGUGAAACAGAAAGACCCCAGUGAGGCACUGGUCAUUGCGGUGACCACCAGAGCCAUCUUCAACCUGGAGGAGGAGCACAAGCUCUACCUGGAAAAGGGCAAGGAAGAGUACAUAAGGCACCAGCAGGCCAACCAGAACAAGCCCCUGCCACCAGGCACGGCUUUUGCCUUCAUCCAGGCAGUGCAGUAUGUGAACAAGAAGAUCCUGGAGAGCAACCCAGCAGAGAAGGACCUCUUCGACAUCCUGGUGCUCUCCAACAACAGCCCAGAGAGUGGAAUGCGCAUCAUCAACAGUGCCAAGCACUAUGGCCUGGAGAUCUCAAAGUUCUGCUUCGUCAGCGACGAGGACUCCACGCAGUACCUGAAGUCCCACGGGGUCAAGCUCUUCCUCUCAGCUGACAGGACAGACGUCUGCAAUGCUCUCCGGAGAGGGGUCUCGUCAGCGCUCGUCUUCCAGCAGGAGGUCCAGGCCCCCAGCACUCUGCUCCGCGUGGUAUUCGAUGGGGAUGCAGUGCUCUUCUCUGACGAGACAGAUCGGGUCUUCCAGGAGAAGGGGCUGGAGGGGGCAGUGCAGUACGAGCGGGAGAUGGAGGCCGUGCCCAUGGGAGAGGGCCCCCUGAAGGCUUUUGCCAUGCACCUUGGGAAGAUACGCAAGAAGUUCAGCCAGGAAAAAUCACCCAUCCGCACCUACCUGGUGACUGCCCGCAGUGGCCGGGACAUGGGCAUCCGAGCCAUCAAGACACUCCGGGAGUGGGGUCUGGCCAUUGAUGAGGCUUUCUUCAUGGACGGUGCUCCCAAGGGCCCCAUCCUCUCCCAGAUCCAGCCCCAUAUUUUCUUUGACGAUGGCCUUCAUAACAUCCGGGGGGCUCAAGACAUGGGCAUACCCUCUGCCUGGGUCCCUUCCUGCUGCUGAUGGGCUGCAGGCCUCCCUCCCAGCACCACAGAGGACUGGGCCAGUUGAAGACAAACCUUCUGGUGACGAGGGAAAGAUUUCCUAACCUGCAGUAAACAAGCCUCAGGGAAAGAGGAUAAGAGCAUUGUGUGAGAGCACAGACAACCUGGCAAGACUUGAUGUUUAUUUCUGCUCCUGAUAUGAGGUCCUUUAGGUUUUAAGCAAAAAAAAAAAAUGCAACUACUCCAGAAAGAAAGGAUACAUUUGCUGUGACUCUGAGGACUACCACCUGUAUAUCCAGGAAGACCUGGGGACUUUUUGCUUUUGCAGAAAAAUAAAUGAAGCUGUUGCCUUCCA